CCGGUUCAAGCACCCCACAACAACUGUGGUGGAGGUAUUCCGUAUUCUGUACAGACACGGUGGAACAGCGGCGCCCGAACAAGACGAGACAACUGCAGAGUCCAACGAUACCCAGUUGCAAUUGCGCCCGCCUCAGCCCCAAAUCAGCGACUGUAGUUUCGAAGGGUUAGACGACCGUGGCUAUAGACCGGAAACGGAACGCAGCCGACCAAGAUGUCGCCGGGAAUGUCGCUGUAUAGCGUCAACGCUAUCUUAAUCCUCUCCAUUGAAGACGGGUCGCGGAUAUUUACCAAGUACUACACCCCGCCGCACCACGCAGCCCAACCAGGCGCCGCCGCAGCAGCAACAGCACCCCCCGCAAGCUCAUCGCAGAACCCCUACCCGGACAAGACGGCGCAGACACGCUUCGAGAAGGCGCUGCUCCAGAAGACGGCCAAGCAGACGGGCGACAUCCUACUCUUCGACAACCGCAUCGUGUUGUACAAGAUGGAGUCGGACGUGGCGCUGUACGUGGUCGGCAGCCUGGAAGACAACGAGAUCCUGCUGUACAACGUGCUGCUGGCCCUGCGCGACAGCCUGCACCUGCUGUUCAAGCAGUCGGUCGACAAGCGCACCAUCAUCGAAAACUACGACCUGGUGUCGCUGGCCAUCGACGAGAUCUGCGACGACGGCGUCGUGCUCGAGACCGACCCGACCAUCAUCGUGCAGCGGUGCAGCAAGGCGCCGUCGCAGGACGUCAACCUCGGCCGGAUCGACCCGUUCAGCGAGCAGGGCGUCAACAACCUGGCGCAACUAGGCAAGGCGAAGCUGACCGACUGGCUGCGGCAGGGGUUGUAGGAGGGAGGAGAGCAAUUGCAGGUAGUUACGGGCUGAAGGGUGCAAAUUAUGACAUGAAAUUUAGAGUCUCUCCUGGUAAAAUGCUUGGGCAUAGUUUACCACAGU